AUGGCGAAGAGAGGUUCGCCCCAAUAUAAGUGUGUGCAGAAACGUGUGAAGACGGCGAGGCUGCCAUCUCGGGCAAGUAUUAAUGACCAAGAGGCCGUGUCUGACAUUGGCUCUGUAUUGUCCGAUGAGGAGCAGGUUGUCGCAUCUACAACCUCUGACUCGGAGGCAUCCGAACAUGAGUCUGAAUCAGGGUCUUGCCAGGAGUGUCAAGACGACUCGAGGUCUGAGGACGACUCAAGAUCUGAAGACGACUCAAUAUCUGAAGACGACUCUAAGAUGGGGUCUGUAGCCGGGUCUGAGGACGACGAUGGGGCAAGUUCGGGUGAUUCAUCGGAUGCCGGAGAAUUCGAAUCGGAUUCUGACAACGAGGAACGUGACGAAGAACAAAAAAUAAGUUGGUCUCAGGCUAUGAUUGAUGAGCUGUUGUCAUCAGCUCAUGCCGAGAGUGUGGAAGAAAUUGUGAAGUUGUUAAUUACCGUUGUCCGCGAGGGAAUUUUGGAGGGCGGGGUUGAGGGAUCUUCGGGUCGUAAGAGCGGAGCUGUGGCUCAGUCACAAAAGAUCUUGCAGAUAAUUGCUCAACUGAAGAACACCGCUCCAUACAAACUGGCCUCUGAUGUCGGAGCUCUGGACGAGGUGGCCUUCGGAUGCCUCAACACCCUACGCCUGCUUUUUACUGGGAGCAUUGCGGACAACCACCAAGAGGAAGACGACUUGAACAAUUCCGACUCGGAUAGAAAUUCCGACGAGGGUAAUUCCGACGCGGAUAGAAAUUCCGACGAGAGUAAUCCCGAUGAUGGGAGUUCCGACGGGGACUUGAAAACACCGCCCGUCGCAGUUGGUUCUGAUGGAGAGUUCUACACGGCUCAAGAACAGGAAUCGGGCACGAGCAGUGACGAAGCUAAUCUCGAGGGAUUGUCGGCAGAUUCAGAUGAAGACUCAAUCCAACGGUCCAUUGUGGCAGAUUCUAUUGAGUCCCCGGAUAGUACAUUGUUGGAAAUGCCUGAGUCACCAAAAAUACCAGACGCAUUGUGUCGGAGCUUGUGGCGCAGCAUUGACAUGUUGUUCAGGACCAACCGUACGAGUAGUAGUUUGGUCAAGGCGCUGGUAAUUGGUCUGGAUGUGAAUGUGAUGCAAACCAUCUGGUGUUUGAAACCGAAGGCAUUGAAGGGUCUUUGGUCGCGAAUGUUGGAUGCUGUUAUAGUGCAGAUGACCAAGGACAUGUGUCCUCCAUGUUUCCUGGCCUUGUACAAAACAUAUCAUGACCCAACUAUGAAAGCUCGGUCCAGUCAGUUAACGGAGCUACUAAAAUUGCCCUUCGUCAAGUUGCGAUCGCACUUUGCCAUAAAAAAAGCCAGAGCACCGUUGGUUGAGAAGGCGAAGUAUUUCGCGCUUCUGUUUAGUAUUGCGCUACAUGGAUUACAGACGCAUGGAUACGAAAAACAGGUUUAUAACACGUGUGUGCUGACCUUCCGGGAACUCAUUAUUGCCACUGGUCAAUUUACGACGUCGCUUUCCAGGCUCACAGACGGUAACAAGCGACAAAAGAGGCUUGCGACUGUUGAAAAGCUGCGCAGCGUUGUCAUUUCGUGGUCAACUAUUCUACAAUGCCACAUAUACAUUUCUCUAAUGCUCCUGGAAGGGGAUAGCUCUUCAGAGAACAGCUCUCUGGAGGUGUCAAUGGUGAACAUGGCAGAAGGUCUUCUAGCUUUCUUCAUGGGUCUGCUAAGGGAUACAGCCACGCAGAUAACCUUACUACCGUUUAGAGCGAAGCUGCUUGGAUUGUGUCUGUCUCUAAUCAAAGCCACCAAAUUAUACGCCCCUCUGGGCUAUGCAAUUUGCGAUUUUGGCUCCGUCGUAACCGGCUUGCUCGAAAGAAAGGGUUUGAAAAAAGUAGCCGAACGGCAAACAAAAUUGAUCAAGGCGAUGAAUAUAGAAGUGGCGCUGUCUUUGAGCAAGGAACAGCUAGUAGAUCCAGGAGUGCACGGUAAGCUGACCAAAGCAUUCGAGGAUUUGUUCGUCGACUUUCUAUGUGCCAUUGCCCAUCACCCAGCAUUCCCUGAACUUUCGGGUGUGCUCCUGGCAGCGGCACUCAAGUUUGACGGGCUGAAGGAGAUUGUUAAACCUAUCAUACCAUCCAUUAAAGCCACACAACGACAAAUCGAGAAGAUCAGGUCAAAAAUCAAUAAUCUUGCCAUGCUUCCCGAAACACUGUACAUCAUAGAUGACAGCAACCAAUAUGGGAAACUGAACCUUGUCCAAUAUGCGAAGACAAGAACCAUAAAUGAUAUGAUCUCAAUUGCUUUUUGA